AUGUACUGGAAAAAUGAAGCUCUGUCCCCACACCCGGAGGAGAAUAAAGUUUUAUUAGACAAUGUUUUCGUUGAGCAGGUAAAUCACAUGACAUAUAAUUUGAGAAUGUGCCUAUGCUGUGUAGGCUAUCGACUCUUUGCAAGUGAAUACUUAUUUGCUGUCGCUGCUCUCUGAAAUAUCCUAGCCGAUUGGCUAUUUGUUUUCUACGCUCCAGCCUAUGUUUAAUGACAAUUAUAAACAUAUUUCACAUUUGUGCUAGCCUAAUUUCGUUUAAACGAAGGCCAAAAUGGAUUCUGAAUCCCACCCAAACCCAGAUUUUUGGCACUCUUGAAUACCGUUAUAAUCACCAAGAGAGCUUCAAGUGGCCUAUCAUAAACGAAGCCUAGACAAUCACGCUCCUUUAUGCUUCAUGAUCAGCUGCAAGUUAUGUACAUUGUCUCCUAUGAAUAGUGCGAUGUUCAAGAGCCUCUUCACAUCCUAGUCUUGUGUACAGAAAUUCGAUUUUCGAUUACGGCUAUUAAAAUAAAAAUAUGCAAUUAUUCUGGUGGCGCGAUGCCUUCUCUGAUUGACAGUUGAAAUUGACACUCUGGCUACUUCUAAUCUCGAGCAUUUGAAGCCAUCACUAAUUGCAGGUAGUCCAUCUUUUCAGUACUUUCGAUUGCAUGGGAUCUAUUAGGCUAUGCGAUUAUUUUAGGAGGUAGCCUUCGGGUUGUGCAUAAAGGGAAAAAGAAAUCCUAAUUCUAAUUGCUUCAUCAAAAUUAUCUUUUGUUGCCAGGAUUUAAAUGCCGGAGAAAGUAUUAUUCAUUGUUUUGCACCGGAUAUAGCUUGCGGUAUGGGUUGGUAGGGAUGCGUAGCCUAAUGCGCAAAGCAGAGCAGCGCUCAGAGCAGACUUCAGGCGCAGCUCCAGGCUUCAUCUGCAGGGCUGUUUCUCCACAAACAGAAUAGCUUAAUAAUGGUGAGUUAUUAAAACAUAAGCCAUCAAUGAUUUUAUUGAAUCAAAAUAGGAACUUCGACAUGAUCAUAGGAGACUUGGCCGAACUUGGACUACCUUUUUUAAUUUCCCAACCCCAUUUUCAUAGUUUACUUUUGUGACAGGCAUUUAAAGUUUUGUUUUCAGUAGCAUAAUGUUGUAGAAAGCCAUUUUUUUGCAUUUAGGCCUACUUUAUACAAUGUUUGUUUUCUUGUAUCCUACGAGGGCUUGUCAUGUAAUUCAUACGAAUCUAUAGGCCUUUUACCUUGCAUCCCGGGCGCUAUAAGAUUAUGACAAGAAAAAUCUAUCCCAAACCUCAGUCUCACUCGGACGGGGAGCCUCACGAGGAUGUGAAAGUCGAGGCUCCUCUCCUGCCCAGUCCUCCGGUAACACCGUCAAUGUGCUCGCCUCCGACCCUGGACUCCCCGACGCCGGUUCGGUCCACCGGGAAAAACCAGUGUGCCAGCUGCGGCACAGAGAUCCAAGACAGAUAUCUACUGAAGGUGAGCAUUAUAAUGCCUUUUAUUACACCGGUCAAAUCAAGUAUCAUUUACGAUUCAAUUUCAACCCUAUUUCUUCCUCACAAGUUGGAUGCAUAUUUGCAUAAUCUUUCACAUUAUUUCCACUUUAUAGAAUAAGUACCCCGAACAAAUUAUUAUUAUUAUUAUUAUUAUUAUUAUUAUUAUUAUUAUUAUUAUUAUUAUUAUUAUUAUUAUUAUCAUUACUACGAGUAUUUAUUUCUCAUGGCAGGUAAACAAUUUGAAUUGGCACGUGGGAUGUCUGGAGUGUUCAGUCUGCAGAGUAUCAUUACGUCAGCACAAUAGCUGCUACAUCAAAAACAAAGAAAUCUUUUGCAAAUUGGAUUAUUUCAGGUAGGGUAAAUUUUGCUAUUUGUUUUCCUUAAAAUGUAGGCUAUGUUCUAUGUUUGGCUCUAAUGUUCACAAACAAUUGAUUACUUAUCACAUCAUAUUGCAGGGAGAUCUUUCAAGAUUGACCAUAUUGAGCCUAUCCUAUUCAUAUUCUGUUCCGUUGGUAUAUAGAUUUUAUUUUACAAAAAAUACAUUGUGUCAAGACAAAUCUUUCGUUAUGUCUUGGGGCAAUUUAACAGGAUUGGACUGUACAUUUUUUUGUCGUUGUAACAUCUAAAUCACAUAAAUUCAAUGACACGCAUGACCUUUAUUAAAGCAAAAACAAAUGCAAAUCUGUUAACGAAGCUAACCGAAUAAACCCAUAGCCCAUUUAUAACAUCAUAAAUAUGCAUACUUUUACACCCAAUACCCAUUUUUUGUCAAAGUUACUUCGGAAUGUUUUUCUCUUCUUUAGAUAUAUUUAAAUAAUUGUCUUUACUGAUAAUGUGGUGGACAUUAUCAAAAUGUUUACUCUCAAUCAUGAUUCUUACAACUUUGAGAUCACUAAAUUUAAGCCAUUCGUUUUCGUUGUUCUUCAUUUAUCAAUACAUCAUUCCCUCCUUCGACCAGGGCCAUUGCUAAAAUAUUGUUUAAUUUAUGAAGGGCUAGUUUUCUCACUCACAGAAAGUUCACAUUUUCGUUAUACAUAGGCUAUUUGUAGAAUGUCAACUAAUUAAACGCUAUUUAUUGUUAUAUUAUAAUUAUUCUAUAAUUAUAUAUUUAUUGUUAUCAUAUUGCUGUUGCUGUUAUUGUUUUAAUGAACAGUAGGCUCAAUUAUAUUUGACUAAAGUGAAAUUAGUUUGGAAAAGCAAUGCUGUAGGUAAUCUUUUACAAUAAGAGUUUCUUUCUAUUUCUGGCCUGCAAAACAUUUCCGUGGAUUACACAUUUACUUUAACUAGUAGCAGUGAAAGACUACUAACAAUGCACCCUUCUCCUCUCUGUCUCAUCACAGUAGGUUUGGCACCAAGUGUAGCCAGUGCGGGCGCCAUGUGUUUGCCAGUGACUGGGUGCGGCGGGCACGGGGCAGUGUGUACCACCUGGCCUGCUUCGCCUGCUACACCUGUAAGAGGCAGCUGUCCACAGGGGAGGAGUUUGGUCUGGUGGAGGGCAGGGUGCUGUGUCGAGUCCACUACGACACCAUGGUGGAGAACCUCCAGAGAGCGGCAGAGAACGGUACGUCUUCAGACGGGUGUCUCAGACAAUGUCAGGGAGUAAGGAACCCAAAUAUGAGCCAUGUAUGCGAUUCUCAAGUCCGGAUUCGUCCCUGAGGGAAACUGUAUUGGGGAAGAAUUCAGACAUAAUUUGUGUCAUACAUGUCUUACCCCUAGGAAUUUAUGUUUUGAUAUCCAGCACCUGCACAAAUUGCAUGUGUAUGAUCUCUUUCAGGUUAGUUAUAAAAUGAACAAUAUUACACUGUGUGGUGAUGUUUCUUUCCUUCUUGUUCCUGGGACUUAGGGACAUGUCUCACUUUGGAGGGAGCCUUGCCCUCUGAUCAGGAUGGCCAACCCAAACCAGCCAAGAGAGCACGCACUUCCUUCAGCGCUGAGCAACUACAGGUACGGUAGGUGUGUGUUUAUGUGUGUGAGUGUCUGUGAAAGUAUCCACAGUAUUUGUGUGUGACGGAGAGAGACGGAGUGACAGGGUGAAUGGUAGUUUUAGAUGAAUGUGACUGUCUGACUGAAUUCGCUUGAUUCAGUGAAUAUUCAGAUGAAUAUGUAGCUUCAUGACUGAGUUUGCUCUGUGUGUUCGCAGGUGAUGCAGUCUCAGUUUUACCAAGACAACAACCCUGAUACCCAGACCCUACAGAAGCUGGCAGACAUGACAGGACUGAGCAGACGGGUCAUUCAAGUAUGUAUGAUAAUAUCAAACUAGUGGGUGUAAUGUUGUUAGACAUAUUGAAAAUGAAUGUAAGAUGUAAUAAAAUAGAUAAUAUGAUAUAAUAAAAUAAUUAAUCUUUACCAGAUUACUUCUUGCAUACACCAUUCAACGAUCUUUAGUAACGUUACAUUUUCAAUAGGUUUGGUUUCAAAACUGCAGAGCAAGGCAUAAAAAGCACCCUCCACCCCAGCACAACGGUCACCUCCAGGGCGCCCCUUACCCCCACUCCAGAUUGCCCCCUCACUGCCAGACAACCUCUACUCCCCCUUCAGCAGUCCUGACAGACCACACCUGCUGGCUCUGCAUGGAUAUAUAGACAGUGAGUUGGUUCCUCCCUCUCGAUGGACAAAACAUACAUGUACAUUGAGGUGACUUUGGCUCUAACAGAAUUUUCUACUUUUUUACUCUACCAAUGAACAUUAUCAAAUAUAUGAUUCUGCCCAUAGUGGAUUUCAAUUUCAAAUCCCCUAUGGCUUCUUGUGGGAUGUAUUUAGUGUUAUUGCGUUUAAUAUAUUAUUAUUUUUUCUGUUGCUUCCUGUGCACAGGUCAUCCCUUCUCAAUGCUGUCGUCCCCUAACCACCUCAUCCACCCAGGCAUGACCUUACCACAGUUACCCAUCAGCCACUAAGUAAUGCCCCUGAGACCACCUCCUCCACAAGCCGUCUCUCUCGCGGACCUUUCCAUCCCAAAAAUUUGAGAACAUUUCAACAUUUGUCUCUUCCAUUUAACUAUACAAGAGGACUUUUACUGUCUCCAUAGUCUGCAGAGGUGGAGAUAUCACAUAUUCAAAUGGAUUGACGGUUUUAUAAACACAGCUAGACUUUAGGUGGAAAAACAUCCCAGUUCAAUACAAAUGUGGUAAUCAUCAGGACCAGAUUACACCACCCAUCCAUGAGUUGGAUCUCCAGGACCAGGGUGAGGAACAGGAAGACUCUUCCAAUCGUUUUAAAUAUGACUUUUUUCUGCUUGUUUUCCUGUAUAAAACCCUCCCAUGCAUGGACUACGUAUUUCUGUGUGAGGUGAGGAUGAACACUCUUCUGAUCUUGUGUGUUUAGAGAGAGACGGUUUUGUGUGUUGUAUUUACUUAUUUUGCUUGUAAAAUGGACAGCUUGUGUCACUUUAUUUAUUCAAAAAGAUACUUCACCUAGAAGCACUUUUAAAAAUGCUUUCAAAUUAAAGAAUUCAUUUAUUGUAAAUUGUAUAUAUUUUACCGAUGUAAUAAAAUGUGCC